GGGUUUGUUGAAAAGCCCGAAAUUAUUCAAAUAGUUAUGUUUUUUAACGAUUUUCCUCAAAGAGAAAUUAUGAUCAUGGUUUGUCCAGCUUUGAUCAUGGUUUGUCCAAAAAAUGAUCAUUCUUUUUUGUCCGGUUUUAGAAAUAUACAUCUUUGAAUGAAAAAAAUCGAAUUUUCAAGUAGAUGUUGCAUUUAUCUUGGCUUGAGUUUGCUGUCAUUAUAUUGAUCCAUUCAUAAUUUAGGCUUUCUUCAGAAUAUUACCUUUUAUUGGGCAUUUUAAAAGUGUUCACUUCAACACACUCAACACAGAGAAACCUUAUUUCUGCUAUGCGCGAAGGACACCAUAAACAAACUGCAGCGCGCCAAGCCGUUGCCAUAGGAAUCAUGUGGACAAAACAACAUUAGUGAAUCGGACAACUCAUGAUCAGAAUUCAGCUCAUCGGAAUGCGUUAAUUGCAUGGUUUAGCCUGGUAAAUCUGAUACAAAUGGUGUGCAAGCUAUGAUGUUUACAACAUUUGAAUCAGAUGUUCGAGAAACGCAUUCUCCCCCAACACAAAAAUGAUUAAGUCGCCUGUGGCAGUUCCUAUAAUAGUAGGAAUAUCGUUACUGAGUGUUGGAACUGCAUUCGUUUACGCCUACCUGACAAAGAAGAAGGAAGAUGAUCAGAACAGCGAGACUGCAAGCAAUAGAUUCAGUAACCAAGUAUCGAAGCUUGUUAGAAUGCUGAGCAAAGAUGAAUCGAAAACGGUUGAAAUAACACUCUCCAACAAGAUUGUACCCCUUGUGGUGGGUAGGAAAGGAUACACACUGAAGCACAUCCAGGAGUGCACCCACACCGAAAUUUGUUUUCGAGAAAAAGAUGAAUCAUAUCAAAUUUGUGAAAUUCAUGGAACCGAAGCAGGAAUACGCAAAGCAGAAGAAUUAAUAAAGAAAGAAGCAUCUCGACAAAUUACGCUGACGGAGGAAAUACUUGUGCCGCAAACCGCAUGUGGCAAGAUAUUAGGUCGAUGCGGCGACGCUCUUCAGGAAAUUUGUCGGAAAUCCAUGGCGAAGGUGUGGAUCGAGGGAACUCGCAUCCGCGGCGAGAGUCGUCGUGUUAUGAUCACUGGCACUCAAAAUCAAAUAAAUGUCGCCAAAUCACUCAUCGAGCAGAAGGUAAAAGAUGAUGCCGAUUUCAGGAAAAGUCAGGAGCAGUUAGACAUGCGUCGUGAGCCUCGUAUUCGAACACCUCCGAAUAGUAUCACAGCAACUCCAAUCCCUAGAGAGAUACCGCCCCCAACGGUUGAAAAACUCAGAUCGACGAGCUCAUCUGGUCAACUUGAGGUAUUCGUAUCCGCUGUGGUUUCACCGAGUCGCUUCUAUCUACAACUGGUUGGCCCACAAUCGGCGGAACUAGAUAUUCUUGUCGAAACUAUGACCGAAUAUUACAAUCAAGUCGAGAACCAAGAGAUCCACAGAAUUCGGAAACCAUAUCUUGGUCAAAUAGUGGCCGCAGAGUUUAACGCCGAUAACAAAUGGUAUCGUGCUGAAAUAGUUGCUAUACUUCCAAACGAGUUCAAACCUGGUGAAGUUGUGUUAGACCUGUAUUUUGUUGAUUAUGGUGAUAACCAGUAUAUUCAGCCGUCGGACGCUUAUGAACUUCGACCCGAUUUCCUGGCACUUCGAUUCCAAGCAAUCGAGUGCUUUCUUGCACAUGUUGAGCCAAAUUCUUCGAUAGGUUCGAUAACCGGAGAAGAAUGGGAUCCAUCUGCUGUUAGCAGAUUUGAGGAACUUACGCAUGUGGCGCAAUGGAAGAAACUUCUCUCUCGUAUUGCAACAUACAAAAAGAAGGGGUCACACCGUGGGUCCCUCGAAGGUCGCGAAGGGUCGCCCGUACCCGGCGUUGAGCUGUAUGAUACCGCUCCAGGUGGAACGGAUAUCAAUAUCGCGUUGGAGCUUGUUAAUGAAGGUCAUGCCAAGGUGGCAAUCAAUUUUGGCGAUAUCAACAGAAGUCACGUUCUUCAAAUAGAAGAAACAUCACACACAUCUAGCUCUGGAGUUCCCGUAAACCUAUCUUCUUCUUCGAAGACAGUAACUCCGUUGAAAAUUAGCCCGAAAAUGCCACAACAAAGUGUCAUCGAAGAACUUAGCCCUAAAUCGGACGCAUUACAACAAACAGAUAAAGGUAGCACUAGUCAACAAUCAUGUAGCUUUACAAAUUUGAAAAGCUACCCAAAUGAUGUUACAAAUACGACAAAGACACGCAACGAUAGCUCAAAGAGCACCGAUAACGAUAGUGCUAAACUGUCUAAUAUUUAUAAGCCAAGCAGUGAUUCGAAUGAGCUUACCUGUGAGGAACAAAGCAAUGGCCUGAUACAGUAAUAUCUUUGCGAGAAGUAUUGAAAUAUUUAAUUACUUCUCUAAGAGAUACAAAUUUAGAACUAAUCAAUUGUUCAGUUUCAGUUUUUUGAGAAAAAAAAGUCACAAUAAUUUGUUAAAGUUGUAAAUAGAUUUUAUAAUUACUGAUUACAGAUCAUUAAAACUAAUAGAUACCGGAGAAGUUAAUUCAAAAUAGUUCUGAUUUUCUAAUUGCACACAUACAAUACAAUUUAUUUUAUUUAUUUAUUUUUAAACUCGAUAUGAAUAGAAUUAGAAUGUGCUUAAUAUUGGAAUACUAUGGAUUCCAAGUAAAAGAUCAAUGAGAAGUGAUAGGAAUGGUUAUCUAGUUUGUACGUACGAUUUCUGAAGUACUAUUUUUGGAUGAUGUCUACCUUAUACAAUGUAAUUGUAUAGAGAAGUUGAUCAGGGUGAUUGACAAGCUGGAAUAUAAACGCCAGCCUAAUGAGGAUCAAUAAAAUGUAUUAUCAUAGAAAAUCUUUGUUUUAAAUAAUCAUCAGAGUAGAAUAA